UUAACUGUGCAGGCCAUCAAACGAUCAAUAAAAGCAGUGAAAUCUGUCACCUGUCAUGUCAAACAAUUAUAAAGUCCCUCCUCCGGGGCGGGCCUUGGGACGAGUGAAGAAUACUGCCAAGUGUUGUGACAACGACGGUCAAAGGGAGACAAACCAAAUUAAUGUGCGAGAACAGAACUACUGCAGAAUGAAAGGGACUAUAAAAAGGUAAAUAGAAGUAAUUAACGCUCUGUGUCAGUCACGUGUUUGAUUUGUUCCGGGUGGCCCAGACAACUUUGUUGGGAACUAAUGGACGAGUGUCCUGAUGUCACGAAGGUAGCAGGGCCUAAUGACCUUCCGGAAGCUCAGUCGAUCUCUUUCUCAAAAGGUCCUCUUCCGCAAAUCGUACCACUACUUAUGGCGCCCCCUAUGUUAUCUGCUCAUUUUUGUCAGCAACCUGCAAUCCAGUAUCAACCAGAUCAAGAUCCGAAUCUACUGCAUCAUUAUCACCAUCAACAUCACUAUCAACAUCUUAUAAAUGCACUACUCUCUAGGUCAAAAGGCUCACAAAAACUGCACGAGGAAGUCGCGGAGCGUCCGAGAAGCUCCAAUCACGUGACAGGAAGGUUAGGUGAUGAAUCUUCAAAGGAAGUGACGUCAUCUCACCGCGUCCCAUCUCCUAGCUGCCAACUCCCUCCUGAAGAGCUGGAUAGUCAAGCUUUGUCCGGUAAUCAGUUUAAUCCUAAAGUAUGGCCUCGAACCACAACUAACACUUGUAAAUACAGAAAUGAUGCAAUGUCAGACGAAAUGCGCCACACCACAGGGUUCCCUGACUACCUUCCUCCCCCAGGCAAGUAUGCUCCUUCCUCUCCACGUCUGUAUUCACUAGGAGGUCAAGACGAUCUUUCCGCAAAAGCAACAGAUUCCCUGCACUUUCCAAAGCUACGAAGAAUCCAUAAGAUAUUGAGCGAAGACAGCGAAUCCAAUGCAUUCCUCUCCAGUGAUGCUCAGCGAAAGGACACGCUUACUAACAGAGACGCCAUUCAUUACAUCACCAAUCAAUAUCUUUUGUUACCUCAUGCUCAGAUUUUCGACCCAUUCUACAAACGCGACAUUCUUCGUCCCGGACACUUCAGCGAAAUUAUCUCGAAAAAUGUCGACUCAAAAAUUUUCCCAGCAAACCCCUCACGGAGUUUGGAGUUAGGGCUUAGGGUAUCAGAUUAUUACAGAAAAGGUGACCAGGAGAGACCUCUAGACUGCAGUACGCUGUCACAAAACAAGAAAAAGUCUGCAGUGUCAUUCUCUAUGAGCCGUAUACUAGGAGAGGACUCAGAUGAGAACUCCAAUCAAGACGACAUCGCAAACAUCACGGAUUAUUUCUAUAACAAUUCCGAUAACAAGAGAGAUGUCUCAGCGAAUGAGCUGAUAGUGUUGAGCAAGGGGAGGCUACUCACGGAAGACGAAAGCAAGCGUCGCAGAAUGAGAACCAACUUCUCCAACCACCAGAUGGCGACACUAGAAGCGGUGUUUCAAGGAUGUCACUAUCCUGACCUCAGCGCUAGAGAAUCUCUAUCGGAGAGCUUACGUUUGUCUGAGGCACGAAUACAGGUGUGGUUUCAGAACCGCCGAGCCAAGUACCGCAAACAGGAGCACACCCGCAAGGGCCCUGGGAGACCCUCACACAACUCGAGGCUUCGAUCUUGUAGUGGUGACCCCAUGACACUGGAAGAAAUAAGAGUCAGAGAAAAUGCCAGGAUUGAGAGAAAGAAGAAAAGAAUGGAAACGAGAUUAGGUGACUUAGAUCUUGAGCUCCACGCAGUCUCUUCUGACCUAUCCACUAAAUUCUAGGAUGUCGUGAACUGUUAAAAUUCAAGCAUCACCACGCUAUGUCGCAACCCGUCACAGUCUACAACACUGAGGACACGUUCACAUUUACAGAUUUCAACUUGAUCAAUCUCACCACAUCGAUCACAAUUGAUGUGGUCAUGUAACACAGCGAACUAAUAGAAACAAACAACUUAAUAUAAUUUCUUUGCUUAGUUGAGGUGGGUGAGCGUAAUGCGCUUAGCUUCCGAACCGGGUGGUCCGGGUUCAAAUCCCGAUUAAGAUUGGAAUUUGUAAUUUCGGGAUCUUCGGCUCCCCCCCUCCCCCAAGUCCACCCAGCUCUAAUGGGGACCUGACAUUAGUUGGGGAAAAAUAAAGGCAGUUGGUCGUUGUGCUGGCCACAGAAACAGAUGAACUUUACAUAGAUACCAAGGUCUGAAAGAGGAAACUUAGUCACAGGCAAACGGUUAAAGUGACAGUGUGGUUUAACUUAAAGUGUGUGUGAUCUCAGGGUCAGGGUUACAUGACAGACGGGAGCUUCAAACUAAUGGAUGAAUAAGAUCAAUCACAACUUUACUCUGAUAGAAUGAAUUGCAUUGUUUCAAAGUUUCUUCAGCUAUAAGAGAUUGUUAAGAGAUUGCUUAGAGAUCGUUUAGAGGACUAGAGCCGGGAAGCAAUCCGUUAUUUUAUUACCUUUAUUAGUUGUUAUUUGUUAGGGGGCCUGGUGGCUGAGUGGUUAGGCGUUUGGCUUUCAAACCGAGGGGCCUUGGGUUCAAAUCUCGAAGAAAGAUGAACGUUUUUUUUAAGACACCCUACUGUAAUGAAUACCUGGCAUUGUUUGGAGAAAGUAGAGGCGUUUGGUCGUUGUGUUGGCCACAUGAUACCCUCGUUAACCCCUAGGCCAUAGAAACGGAUAACUUUUACAUCAUCUGCCCCCUUUUUUUUUUCAAACAAAACACAAUACAUGUACAUUUGACUGUGUGUGUGUACGUAUAAGCGUAUGUACUACAUGUGUGCGCCCUGAGUUUCACAUUUGCACACGAGCAAGGCCUACAAAACAAGUCAGACCUUACAAUGAAGACAUACGCAAGAAUCAUGUUGCUAAUGACAACAAAAACCCACGCCAUUGUUUUUGAAAACACAACCUUUAAUAUAG